AUGACCCUGGCCAGGCAAAAGCUUCUCUGGAUGCUCCCAUAGACACUGCGAUGUCUUUAAAAGGCACAGAGAGCAGCCAGAGCUGCAGAGAGGCUGAGACAAACUCAGGAACCAGCAGCUGUCAGGCUGACGCUGGAGACCUCGCCCCUCGACAUGAAGGUCUCUGCAGUGCUCCUGUGUCUGCUGCUCACAGCCACCCUCUGCAGCAUCCAGGUGUUGGCUCAGCCAGCUUCUAUUCCAACCAUCUGCUGCUUUAAAGUGACUGGAAAGAAGAUCUCCAUUCAGCGACUGCAGAGCUACAGUAAAAUCACCAGCAGCAAAUGUCCUCUGAAAGCUGUGAUAUUCAACACCAAACAGAACAAGAAAAUCUGUGCUGAUCCCCAGGAGAAGUGGGUCCAGAAUGCCAUGGAGUACCUGAACCAAAAAUCCCAAACUUUAAAGUCAUAAAUAUUCACCUUUAAAAAAGAAAAUUCACCUUUUAAAGAGCCUCAAAACGCUUGGUUCAUUUUCCUGUUCUUCCUAAGAUGCAUUCUGAGAUAAUCACAACUUCAUUCUAAAAGUAAUGGCUUUUAUUUAAUAAUAAUAAUAAUUUAAAAAAAAGAAAGAAAAAGCACUAAGUCAUGUCCGACUCUUGCAAUCCCAUGAACUGCAGCCUGCCAGGCUCCUCUGUCUACAGGAUUCUCCAGGCAAGAAUACUGGAGUGGGUUGCCAUUUCCUUCUCCAGGGUAUCUUCCUGACCCAGGAAUUGAACCCCAACCUCCUGCAUUGCAGGCAGAUGCUUUACCAACUGAGCUACCCAGGAAGCCCCUUAAUAAUAAACCAUGUAUGUUUUAUUUAAGACAUUCUCCAUUUAAGUUAUUAAUGCUUUUAAAAGUUCUUCACCAUAAAUUUUUGCUAUUUUUAAAAUGUAAAGCUUUGGUUGGGUCCCUUUCUUUCAGUGAACCCCAAUUCAAUCCCCUGCAAAGGAUGAGGAAUGUUGUCUCUUUCCUCCUUACCUCCCUGGAAUCUUGUAAGGGUCCUGGCAAGGAUCAUCAAAAGGACAGUGUUUUGUAUUUUUAAGAAGACGUCACUCAAGGAAACAGUGGGAUGAAUUGAGAGAAUAGCAUGGAAACAUGUACAUUAUCAUACACAAAAUAGAUAGCAAGUGAGAAUUUGCUAUGUAGAACAAGGACCUCAACCCAGGGUUCUGUGACAACCUAGAGGGGUAUGAUGGGGUGGGAAAUGGGAGGGGAGUUCAGGACAGAGGGGGCAUGUGUACCUGUGGCUGAUUCGUGUUGAUGUGUGGCAAAGGCCAACACAGUAUUGUAGAACAAUCGUCCUCCAAUCAUUACAUUUUAUUCUAUACUUCUCAAUAGUCUACAAUGAUAAUCUCUGAUAAUUAAAAAAAAGAAGACAUCACUGUCAUAAACCAAAGGUAUGACUCAUAAUGUUAAAUGGAAAUACAUGCUAUUUUAAGAAUUUAUAAAAAUACAUUUUUAUUACCAUC